AAGGAGGUGGAGGGGGGAGUUCUGGGUGGAUCGGAGGAUUUGUCCUGAUCUUCCAGGCUCUCUGCUACCUGUUGAUGUGCUGAGUGUAUGAGCAGGGGAUAGAGAAGGAGGACUGACACUGGAAAAAGGAGAUCAGGGACCCUGGAGGAGGACUGACACUGGAAAGGGGAGAUCAGGGACCCUGGAGGAGGACUGACACUGGAAAGGGGAGAUCAGGGACCCUGGAGGAGGACUGACACUGGAAAGAGGAGAUCAGGGACCCUGGAGGAGGACUGACACUGGAAAGGGGAGAUCAGGGAGCCUGGAGGAGGACUGAUACUGAAAAGGGGAGAUCAGGGAGCCUGGAGGAGGACUGACACUGGAAAGGGGAGAUCAGGGAGCCUGGAGGAGGACUGACACUGGAAAGGGGAGAUCAGGGAGCCUGGAGGAGGACUGAUACUGAAAAGGGGAGAUCAGGGAGCCUGGAGGAGGACUGAUACUGGAAAGAGGAGAUCAGGGAGCCUGGAGGAGGACUGACACUGGAAAGGGGAGAUCAGGGAGCCUGGAGGAGGACUGGCAACUCUGGAAGAGUCCUGGAGGCUGGUAGCAUGACUUGGGUCCAAGGGAUGAAGAUCUGAGGGGUGAGAGGGUCCUAGGGGGCUUUCCUGCACCUCAGAGACCUGACCCUGGGUUCGGUGUCCUUUGAUCGCGCUUCUCUUUUAUCUGGAGCUGGGCAGGACAGGUCAUUUUUUUGAUGGUGGGACUCCGAUGGGACCUGUGGAAGAUGAAGCCUUGUAGAUAGAAAAGCUUGGAUGUGAUUUGGACAUGAAUGUCAUUGGUUGAGGCUGACUUGGACCUGGACAGCAGGGUUUGAGGGUAACCUGGAAGGUAGGUUUUCGGGGGUGCUUCUCCUUGUCAGUAGGUCUUGGGGCGUAAAGUAGACCUGCUUGUGAAUUUGGCCUCCAAUCCAAGAAUUCAAUUUAGUAUUUGCUUGUGUUUUCAUGAUAUAUAGUUGUCUUGAGACUUUUACUUUUGGUUCAUUUUGAGCUGGGCACGGGUGGUCAUUGUGUGACCUGGGUAAUAAGCCAACGUGGUGUGGAGUUGGCUUUGUACCCAGACCUGAAUAGCCGUGUUUGAAGGUAACCUGAAAGGUAGGAUUUGAAGGUACUGUGAAAAGACUUUGGCCAGUAGGUCUUGGGGGUGAAGUGGACCUGCUCCUUGAUCUGACUCCUGAUCGAAGGAUCAAGAUUAUAAUUUGCCUGUCUUUAAAUGAUUGGAUUUUGUAGUGAUUUGGCCUUGGAUAUAGGAGCCUUGAGUUUUGUCUUCUGGUUCAUCUGUCUGACCCUGGAAAGGGGAGAUCAGGGAGCCUGGAGCAGGACUGACAACUCUGGAAGAGUCCUGGAGGCUGGUAGCAUGAUGUGUGCAUGACUUGGGUCCAGGAGAUGAGGGGUGAGAGGGUCCUAGGAGGCUUUCCUGGACCUCAGUGACCUGGCUCUUGGUUCGUUGUCCUCUGAUCGAGUUCACCUGGGAAGGACUGGUCAUUUCCCGAUCGGCCAUAAGUGGAAGGACUCAUAUGGGACACGGAGAAAAGCCUUGUAGAUAGAAAAGCUUGAAUAUGAUUUAUUGAGUUGGACAGCAUCGAUUAAGGAUGACGUGGACCUGGACAGCAAAGAUAUAGGGGUCUUCAGGUUCAUCUGGAGCUGGAUCUCUUUAUGGUGGAGUUUUGAAAGUAUUGGCCUUGGAUAAAAAGGUCUUGUCCUCUGGUUCAUCUGGAGCUGGGCAUAGGUUGUCAUUGCGUGACCAAGACUGAGGACUCGUAUAAGACCUAGGCAAAAAGUCUGCGUGGUGUGGAGUUGGACAGUGGCGGCUGCGGGUGACGUGGACCUGUAUAGCAGUAUUUUGGGGGGUGACCUGGAAAGUAGGAAUUGAACAUGCCAGGAACUGUGGCCAGUAAGUAGGCCUAACUUGGGCCUCUAGAAGGACCUGGGAUAGUUUUAAUUCCCAGAAUACAAUUAAGAAAUCCAGAUGUUGUCCUCCUCCAGCCUCAUGGUGUAUAUACCUGCAGCCUCCUUACGGAUUCCCUCCCUUGGUUCUGGACACAAGGCAUGGACUGCGGGAAGCCCAGACCUGUCUCCCGAUGCAUACACUGCAGCUGCUUCUUGCACUGAGGACAUGAAAACAGGGAGUUAACAAAUACAAUGGAUAAGGUGCACUAUGAGGUGGAGGACAUUGUCAAUAAGUUGGAAGAAAAAGGCCUGGGUGCCGGAAACUCCACAGAAGAGUAUUUGACCUUCUUGUGGAACCUUUACCAAGUAGCAGAAAGAAAUCUACUGGAUACAAAUAACAGUUUGGAGGCGCUGAAACGGCAACAGGCAGAAGAAAUGAAAGAGGUGGAGAGCUAUGUGGCCCAUAUCCGGAGCCUCACCGAGGAGAGGGAGGCCCUCACCACAGACUUUGAGAAGGAAAAUGUCCAUCUAAGGAUUGAACUUGAGAAGAUUCAGUUCCAACAAGAAUCGCAGUUGAAGGAAGUUGAAGAGAUGCUGGAUCAAGAAGGCUUGAGUGAGAUCUCCCAAAGCAGCCCCAGUGAGCAGGUGGCCUAUCUGCUGGUGGAAAGGGCCACACUUCUGGAAAAGCUGGAGGCCCUGGAGCUAAAGCUGGACUCCCGCUCAGAGAACCUGAGCAGUGAGAAGCGACAGGAUGAAUUGGAACAAAUUCAUCGGACAUUGGAGGAGGAACUCUAUCAGCAACAUGAAUCCAUGAGACGGACCAAGGAAAACCUGAACAAGGAGCCCCUGUCCUCAGUACAGAAACCCUGGAAGAAGUUGUUUGGGACACGUAAAAAUGACUGUUCAACAUUUGAUGAAGAGCUGGAAAAAGAGAAAAAAAUGAGGGAGUGCAUGGAAAGGGAUCUGAACGAAGCUGCCCAGAGGCUGACAAUGGCCCAUGACGAAAUCCGCAAGCUGACUGAUGAAUUGCUCAUUAAGAAAAAGGAAAUUAAUGAGCUUGAGCGUAUUGUGGACAAAAAGCAGCAAGAUGCAAACAUGCUUCAACAGGAACUUCAAACUCAGGAAGAGAGUGAUUCUGCCGAUUUGCAAAAAGCCAAAGAACAUAACCUUCGAUUAGAUAAGGAGAUUCUUGCCUUACGCCAACGAGUCAGAGCACUGGAUUCUGAAUGGAAGAAGCACAUAGAACAGAGUGAAAAGAAUGAUGGUGACUCCAUGUCUACACGUUUGAACCUGCAGGACAGUGAAGAACUUCAUAAAAAAUGUAGACUUGAGGUUGAAGAAAAGGAAUGUCGCAAUAAACAGCUCCUCCACAAACUGAAGAAGCUGCAGGCAGAGUAUGACGAUAUAGUGGAACGCAAUGAGGAGCUGGAAUCCAUUCUGGGAGAGUCUCAGAACCGAACAAAAGAACAAGUGGACUACUUGGAAUCGGAAAUAGCAGGGCUCCAGAGAACUAUUAUAAAUUUGGAGUCGGAGCUGACGGAACUCGCGGAGCAGCGUGAAGAUGAGGCCUGCUCUUCACACCGACCGAGCUCAGAUGUAAAAAAGCUGUCAGAGAUGGAGAAGGAACUGGCUGAACUAAAGCCAAUGCUGAAAGGUGUACAGGACCAACUGUUGAGAGCCGAGCGGGAGAAUAACAACCUGCGUUCAAAAAAUGAGCAGUUGGAAAAAGAAAAACGUUUUCAGGAUAAUAAGAUUUCCGAGCUGGUGGAGCAGUGUAAAAAGCUGAAAUUGGAAGUCGCUGAAAAUAAAUUGCACACCAAUAAGCACUUAGGAGAAGGGGGCAAGGAUCUGGAAACUGAAAAAUGGAGUGCCGCUUUGUCGGAGCACCAGAGGAAAUGUGAAACUCUCCAAAAACAAAUCCAGGAUGGACUAGAAGAGAAGCAACACCUAUGGGAAGAAAACUUGCAGCUCAGACAGGAAGUGACCAUUUGCAGGCAGGAUCUGCAGGCCAAGAGAGAAGAGAUUGCACGCCUAAGACAGGACCUUUUUAAUCUGCAGAAUCCCACACCCAGACCUCAGACAUGCGUAGAUGGGGCUGAGCAGACUGUUUCACAGAAUAAAGCUGGGGACGCUCUUAUCCAGCAGCAGUUCGAGGAAAUCCGCCAACUUCGCCAAGACCUCAACAGAGUGCACAACGUCUGCAGCUCGGCAGAAAAGGAACUGCGAUACGAAAGAGACAAAAACCUGGAGAUCAAGAAACAAAAUAACCUCCUGCAGAAGGAACACAUUAAGGUGAGUGAAGAAUUAAGCCACGUGAAACAGAAGUAUGCCUUUGUAACUGCUACACUCUCCAGCCUGGAAGGUGAACGGGAGCAGCAGCAGCAGAAGAUUAAGAUGAUGGAACUGGAGCUUAUGAAAAUGAGCCGCAAUUCUAAAGUUCAGAACAGCUGGCAGGAGAAACUGGAACAUGAAAAAUGCCGAGCGGUGGAUGCUGAAAAACUGGUCUUGGAUCUGCAGCAACAACUGCGAGCAACGCAGCACCAAAUUACACUCUUGGAAACCCAGAUAGCAGACAAGCGCCACCUGGAGGAAGAACUGAAAAAGACCAGAGAGAAGGAAUCCAAGGUGAAAAUGGAUUUACAGGAGGAACAACUUAAAAGGAAAGUCUUGGAUGAGAGUUUGGAGGUGUUGCAGCAAGAAAUUAAAACCCUUCAUGAGAAAGAGAUUUCAUUGACUGAGAGCAAUUGUGCCCUUCAGAUUAAACUGCACCAGCAUAAGUCAAUGCUGCAGCACCUGGAUGACGAGAGGAAGUCCGUCACUUCUGAGCGCACAAGUUGUGAGAGCACCAAUCAUAAGCUUCUGGAAAAACUGCAGGAUAUGCAGCAAGAGAAGGAGCAACUCCUGAAGGAAUAUGAUAUUCUCCUGAAACGGCUGGAUGAUUCCAUAAGGAAAUACAAUGAAUUUCAACUACGCCAUAAAGCCAAACUCAGCCGAGCCAAGGAAAUGUACCUAAACGAGCUGAACCAGAAGGACCAGCACAUUAAACAGCUGGAGCUGGAGCUCAGCGUGUCCAAGAGCCAAACAGAGAAGGAACAGCAGCUGAUAAACAGCAUCACCACACUGAAUGAGCGUUUACAUGAAGAGAAGAGACGGCUGCUUCUGGAGAUCGCCGAGCACGAAGCUUCAGUGAGCAACCUCAAGUGGAAGUGGCGCUCCUUAAUGAACAGGAGUCAGAUUCUAGAUCAUGAAAACCAGCAGCUGAGGGAAAGCGUACUUCAUCUUUAUAACCAGAUGCGCUCAAUAAAGCAAGUAUUAAAGAAACUGCAAGCCCUCAACCUUCCUGAUAUCGCAAUGAUGAUUCCAUCUGAGUGGCUAUUGAGAACGGAAGAAAUGAUAAACCUGCCAAAUGAAAGCUUUUCCGAUCUGGCACACCGGAGCUCUCCUGUGAUUAAAGUCACUGAAGAUGGAAAUAUGGAGCAAUCUCCAGAAAACUCUUUCCUCCUCCCAGUAUCCCGCUCUGAUACAUCGGAAGUCGGAUAUCUUAAUGUCCCUUCCCCCAAGGUCACCAUUGCAGCCUCGGAGGACUGUGGAGCACCAGAGCCAAGCAUUGACGAUGUAUAAAACUACUUGUAAUGUUCUACUAAGAGGAACUGAUUGAGACUGGUGAUAGUAAGAAUGACCACUAGGUAGAUCUUUCUGGAUUGACUUAGGUGCCUUCCCUUUUUAAAGUGUUCAGUUCAUGCUGCUAAUUGCACAGUGAGGAUGAGACGUCACAAAUGACUCUACCAUGUAAUCAUAAUAUGACUGCUAAUGUUUGUAUUUUUGUUAGUUUAUAAAACAUUUUUUAAUAAGA